AUGGAUCUAUGGGUUGCCAUUUUGUUGGCCGAGGAGGGAUCAUUGGACGCCGAAGUCGCCGUUGCGUUGCACUUGGGGUACUCAGUGGCCCUGCUGGCGGUUGCUGGGCCAAUAAUGAAGAUUCAUUUUGGCUUGAUCUCCAGGAAUGAGUUGGCGCAAGAGUGGAGGAGCAACCAACACUACAUUGCAAACAACACCAGUAAGGGCGACAAUGUUUAUGUCGAGGAGCUGUCGGAUGACGAGUUCAAUGAGAUUUUCGACCGUGGAGAGUUCAUUUAUGACAAGAACAGGAAUCCCUUUGACCACGGUUUUGCGCGGAAUUGCUUGAACUUCUGGUGCAAGCCCCGCUGGCCCGCUGAUUCAAAGGGAAACUUCUGA